AUGAAUACUGUAGACUCAUCGGCGCCGUUUCCGACAGGUCCCAGCGACGACGAGGUAGGCAAGGGGGUCGGCUCAUCGUUGUCACGCUCCUCGACACAUACCGACUCGGCCCUCUCAUCGUCGCUCGGUAGCACCCGGUCCCACUCGAGCUCGUCAUCCCGGAAGAAGCAGCGGUCCCGGAAUCAACUGCAGCAGCCGCUGGGCCCGUCCAACGAGUCCACUCCGAUCUUUGGUGGGGCGGAGUCACUGCGCCGAAACUACCAGUCCACCGACGGACCGACUGAAUCUCGGCCUGCCGGCUCGAAUGGUCUCCCCAAGACCUCGCCCUGGAGUAACCCCGGGCGCAAUGCAGCUGCCGAUGGCGCAGAACCGAGUCAGCCGGACGGCCGGGACUCGCGCCCGGUAUCGCAACACUCAUGGUACAGCAAGUUCGCAGACCGAUAUGGAAGCUUAGAGCUGGAGAACAAAGGGAGCGUAGCUCGCGACCAUCUCGCUUUAGAGCGGACCUUCCUAGCCUGGAUGCGCACAUCCCUCGCAUUCGCCUCUAUCGGCAUCGCCGUCACGCAACUUUUCCGUCUCAACACCACAACCGCAACAACACACUCCAUGGCAGAUCCCAAUGCACCACCAGGGAUCCUCCCACCCGUCACCUCCACACCCCUCCUCGGUCUCGCUGGAGAGACCACCGUGCGAUCACCCGACUCCUCUGCCCGCCUCCGCAGCGUGGGUAAACCCCUCGGCACGACCUUUAUCGGCGUUGCCAUUUUGAUUCUUGUUGUGGGCUUUCAUCGCUACUUCGAGAGCCAGUACUGGAUCAUCCGCGGCAAGUUCCCCGCUAGUCGCGGCAGUGUUGCCCUGACUGCGUUUGUUGCGGCCGCGCUGAUCAUCGCGGCUCUUGCGGUGAUACUGGCUGUUUCGCCUAAUGCGAUUGAGCGGUAG